AUGGUGAAACUCGACCUUGUCCGCUCAUACAACGCCGCGUUGGUCCAGACUCAGUCGCUGGUGGCGGUGUUUGUGGGCGCCACCUCUGGCAUUGGCAGGGCGACACUCUACGCGCUGGCGAAGGUGCAUGGCGAGCACACCAAAAACAAUGGCCAAGGCAAUGGUCAAGGCAACGGCCAAAGCAACGCUCAAUCUCUCCGGGCUUAUGUGGUGGGAAGAAAGAGGGCGGCGGUCGAAGCCAUCAUCUCCGAAUGCGAGCGACUCUGUCCGGCCGGUCGGUUCGUGUUUGUCCAGGCUCAUGAUCUGUCCUUGCUGGAAGAGGUCGACCGCGUGUGUGCGGACAUUACACGAAUGGAGCACGACGAGGCCGCGGCCGAGGCUGAGGCUGAGACAGCUGGUGGUGGUGCUCCUGCCAGAGUGGACUUGCUAUGUAUGAGCCAGGGCGACUUUACAUUCGAACCACGCAAGGACACCACCGAAGGACUGGAAUUUCGCAUCUCCCUCCUCUACUAUUCGCGCAUGAAGUUCGCCGUCAAUCUCCUUCCACUGCUCCGAGCGUCGUCGCUACCUGCACAUAUCAUAUCGGUGUUCGGCGCCGGCAAGGAGGGACAGCUGGACGUCGACGACCUGCUAUUACGGUCAGGCGGGCAUUUCUCCAUGGCGUCGAUGCGGUCGCACGUCGUCUACAUGACCACCUUCUUCAUGGAGUAUCUGGCGGCGCAGAACCCGGGCCACUUGAGCCUGGUCCAUGUCUUCCCGGGCCUGAUCAUGACCGAAGCCUUUCAGAACCUAGGAGUGCCAGCGUGGGCUCGUCUCCUGUGGUCCCUCUUGGCCCCUGUGACCAGCUGGUUCACUACCCCGGUCGCAGAGUGCGGCGAGCGCAUGCUGUUUCUGGCGUCACCGCAGCGCUUUCCGGCACGAGGUUCUGGCCAGGCUUCAGGCGACAUGGAUCCACCAAGGGUGUCGAGUGCAAGUGCAGGCGCAGGUGCAAAACCAGGCGCAAGUAACCCCAUCGACAUCGCCACAGGCUCCGACGGCAUCUUGGGCAGUGGAGCGUAUGCGGUGGGAUCGGACGGCGAGACAGUUCGCAACGAGCAGGCGUACGAGAAGCACCGAGCCCAAGGAGUCGGCGAGAAGCUGGUCGCUCAUACCCUGAAAGCAUUUGAGGACAUCAAGGCCAGCAAGGUAUUCACGGGGUAG